GGCCAUUGACAGACUGGCUCCGGUAACCCGGAGGUGGAGCUGGAGUUUGGUGAGAGCGGUGCGGCGAGUCCCGUUUGAAAAGAAGACGAUUUAAAAACAAAUAACAUUAAGAAAACAGGCAGAGGAAGAGGAGCAGCAGGAGCUCUCUCCCGAUGUUUGUGUAGCUCCAGUCACCAUUGCUCCACUCGCUGGCUGUGAAAGAGGUGCAGGGUGCUCUCAGACAUGGCUUCGUACAGCCCUGAAUCACUGAUGACUCUUUGUACCAAAUAUUGUUUGUGGAACCUCGAGGGAACUCUGUGCUACAUGCAAGAUAAUGAGACGCUGAGACUGCACCCUGAUAUCUUCCUUCCCAGUGAGAUCUGUAACCAUCUCGUCAAUAUGUACAUGGACCUAGUGAACACAGACAACAGCUUCCCAGGACACUUGAGUUUCUUUAGCUUGUUCUCAGACCAUCGGAGCACCCGUCUGACUCAUGUACACCUGAGGGGGAUUCAUGAGGAUAUCAUUCACGAUGAGGACUUGGUGGCAUUUUCUAAACAGGAUCUCGUUGAGCUUCGCCUUGUGAACUGCGAUAGACUCUCUGCCAAAAGCCUACAGACUCUGAAUAACUUCCGCAGCACGCUGGUUUCACUCAGCCUAUUUGGGUGCAAUAACAUUUUUUACGAAGAGGAGAAUCCUGGCGGCUGCGAAGGGGACAACAACAGCAUGGUGAACCCCUCACGGCAGGUUCUCGUCAAGGACUUCUCCUUCACUGGCUUCCACCGGCUGUGCUUUCUCAAUCUGGGUCAUAUAACUGAUGGAGUGAACGUGGACCGACUCCUGCGGCCACUGACUACUCUGACCUCACUCGACCUCUCUGGGAUCCAGCUGAAUGACAUCCAGUUUUUGCUGCAGUGGCAGAAGCGGCUUGGGUCAUUAGUGCUGUACAACAUGGACCUCUCUGAGGAGCACAUCUGGGUCCUCCUGCAGCUCACUAACCUCAGACACUUAGACAUUUCUCGUGACAGAACUUCCAGUUUUUACAAAUUCAAGCUGACUCGGAAAGUCCUCACUGCCUUUGUGCAAAACCUUAAAAACCUUGUCUCGUUAGACAUCUCAGGACACCUGAUGCUGGAUAACUCUGCAAUCUCAAGUCAUGAUGAGGCCUUGGGCCCUGCAAGUAAUGAGCCACAAAAGAGCAGCAUUGAACCAUUCCGUGCACUGAAUAGGUCGUUUCAGUUCCUGGGAUUAUUUGACACCACUCUCUGCAAUCUAACUCAUAUACCUUCGUAUAAGAUAACCGGGGAAGCGAAUGAGGAUCAAAUCCUGAAUGCUAUUGAGGCUUAUACAGAAUAUCGACCAGAGAUUGCUUCACGUGCAAUAAAUCAUCUCUUUGACAUCGCACGUAUUGAACAAUGUGACCAGCCACUGCGUGCCCUAAGGCUGGUGAUCUCUGCACUGAAGUAUCACAAAUUUGACAAAAGUGUUCAGGUGACGGGCAGCGCAGCACUAUUCUACCUGACUGGCUCUGACUACCGGCAAGAACAGAGCAUUAAGCUCCGUCGCCAGGUUAUCCAGGUUGUGCUGAAUGGUAUGGAGUCCUACCACGAGGUGACGGUACAACGGAAUUGCUGCUUGACGCUCUGUAACUUCAGUAUUCCGGAAGAGCUGGAAUUCCAGUACCGGCGGGUGAAUGAGCUGCUCCUCGGCAUCCUCAAUCAGACACGGCAGGAUGAAUCUAUUCAGCGAAUAGCGGUACAUCUUUGCAAUGCACUGGUCUGCCAAGUUGACAAUGACCACAAGGAAGCUGUAGGCAAAAUGGGCUUUGUUACGACAAUGUUGAAAUUGAUUCAAAAGAAACUGACAGACAAAGUGUGUGACCAAGUAAUGGAGUUUUCAUGGAGUGCACUGUGGAACAUUACAGAUGAGACUCCUGACAACUGCGAGAUGUUCCUAAACUGCAAUGGAAUGAAGUUGUUUCUUGAGUGUUUGAACGAAUUCCAAGGAAAACAAGAAUUACACCGGAACAUGCUGGGACUCUUGGGAAAUGUUGCUGAGGUCAAACAGCUUCGGCCGUACCUAAUGACCACACAGUUUAUCAGCGUCUUCAGCCGUCUCCUAGAAAGCAAUGCCGAUGGGAUCGAGGUGUCGUACAAUGCCUGCGGAGUACUGUCGCAUAUCAUAUUUGAUGGAGACGAAGCCUGGACCAUCGCAGAACCUCGCCGGGUCGAAGUGAUGGAUCGAAUGUGGCGAGCAAUCUCCAGCUGGGAUGAGAACUCAAGAAGAAACAUUAAUUACAGAUCAUUUGAGCCAAUCUUGCGCCUUCUUCCUCAGCGAGUAGCUCCAGUCAGCCAGCACUGGGCAACCUGGGCACUCUUUAACCUCACAUCAGUCUAUCCUGAGAAAUACUGCACAUUGUUGAUAAAAGAGAAUGGAAUUGAACUGCUGAAGGGUGUGAUCGAGAGUGACGCAGCUAGAUCAGAGACCAAAGAGAUGGCAAAAAAUGUCAUCAAAUUUUGUGAGAACUUUAAAGAGGAGCAGAUGGACACGUCGAGUUAAAGACUGAAAAUAAGCUCUCACCAACUCUCACUACUUCCUGUCAAGCGUGCUGUGUAGACACUGAGGAACUUUAAUGUCCUGCUACAAUAAUGCACCAGAUGCAUUAUAGGGAGGAACCUCUGUGCAUGACACGGUGUCAAGAUGACGCACAGCAGAAUAUUUGGUGUUGCACAAGAAAAUGUUAAUUCGUGUCAUUUUUUAUUGGAUAAGGAAUUAGCGUUUUCUCUCACUUUAUCCCUUUUACCUUUACUUUGACUCUUCCUUUAAUCUCUCCUUGCCAUUUGAGUCUCAUUUUCUUUCCCUCCACUCUUGCUUUUCGGCUACAUUUUCUCCCUGUCCCAUGUUCCUUCCACUCUUUCCCCCGUCAUUUUGUAAAUUGUGCUUCCAUGGUUUGUCUUGAAAAAAUUUGAUUGUGAAAUCUUUUGGGCUGUGCCAGUUAAUCAAAUGUCAACAGUUAUAAACUUUUAAGAAAAAUAAGGAAUAAUUAAUAAAUGAUUUGUUGUUGAAGCACUUGUUCCUGUAGGUGUGCUAAUAUUCAGUUCUUGCAACUGAUAAUUCAAUCACCAGCCUGUGAACCUGGUCUGUAGGUCUGUUGCAAAGUUGUAUCUUACCUAUUCUUUGUAGAGGACUCUUUAUGUUCCAGUUCUAAUUACAGACUCAGCAUUCUCAAUUGGCGGGUAAUAUCAAUACAAUAUAUUUAAUUGCAAAAAUAAUAUAGUGGCAUGACCUCAAAUGAGCUGAGUAGUUCCACUGAAAACUGCCCAAUUUGAGUCACAAUCACAAAUAUUGGUGGGUAAUGUGUGCCAAUUCAGUGAUGUACAAGUAAUCUUUAGUAAGCUGAUUUAGGCAUAUGCUUUGCUGUUUUAAUAACAUUUACAUUUUGGGGAAUACUGAACAGAUUUAUUGUCGCUUUUUGUUCACCCCCAUCACUUGCCCUCCAGUACCCACUCGUAAGUUACCUAGAUUCAAAUUGAAUCUGGAAGGACUGAUGGGAAGAUGAGGGGAAAGAGGAUGCUCUUUCACUUGGCAAUCUAACGAAUGCAAUUUAACUAAUAUGGUCAGUCACGUAUCAUGUUAAUCAACCAGUUAUGAUCAUGUAUUGAAAGCUUGUCAAAUUAUAUGUGAAGGUGGGUGCUGAAGAUGUAAAACAUACUGUACUCAUCUAUGUAGAUCUCAUGGCUGUGCUUCUGUUCCUGGCCAAGUCACACAAUUAAGCAAUUGCACUUCAUAUAUUUCUCAAAGCCAGGGCUUCCAUGUUCUGAACACUGGAGAUGAAGAGCCAGUGCACCCACUGAUGGUACAUGUCUACAAUAGAAAACCAGCAUCAAAGCAGAUGCGGAGACAAGGAACUGCAGAUGCUGGAAUCUUAAGUGAAGAAGGGUCCUGACCUGAAACAUCGCCUAUCCAUUCCCUCCAUUCCCUUCCCUCCUAUCCAGACCUGCUGAGUUACCCCAGCACAUUGUGUUUUAAUCAAAGAGGACACAGUAUUUAUAUUAACUGUAAUCAUUGUACUAACUCUCAUUUUUGACUGAGUUCUCUUAUCCAAGGCUUGGUUUGUUUUUGGAGUAUAUCUUGUGAUUACCUGGUCUAAAAGCUCCCGAACAUACUGUCAACAUGGAACAGCUGGACAACUGCACUGAGAAUCUUUGUUUUAUUAAACAACUAGUAGUGGGAAAAUAUUUAUUAACAUUGUGAGAAAAGAGCAAUUGUGUGUUCCAGAGGUUAACACUGCUGUAGUUAGGAAUCUGUUUGUCACACCCCCUAAAGCUUUAGGCAUCUGCUUCUUGGGCAGCCUCUCGGCAUAGAGGCUAACUUGCUUCCACUCAAUUUACACUGGGCUUUAGGGUGUUUCUAAUCGCUGAACAUUGGGUUCAAACACAAUUUUCCUUGUAGGGCCAAAGUUGUGGCAGCACAAUGAAGGUAAUAUUAUCAAGUUUCAUAAUGACAAAAACUUAUUUUCCCCUUUGACUGAUCAUGGGCAGUGAUACCUCUGAGUUGGUGGGGAUGCUGCACACUUUCAAGAUGACUCUGAAACCUUUGAAUGAUUUCUUCUGUCUUUCUGAGUGGCGAGGCUCAGAGCAGUGUGUCUCCACCAGGAGUCUGGCCAACUGAACUCCAUCUUGGCCUAUGUGUUGAGUUGAAAGAGGUUGCGGACAUCCCGGUGAAUUUGGAGGAAUUUGCAGUGAUGUUGUUGGUACCUCUGCCAGCACAGCAACCAACUUCUUCAUUAUUUUAGAAAAAGAAUGAAGUCCUCAAACCCAGCACAAAGUUCAUGAUCUUCCACACAGCAGUCAUCCCUGCCCCCUGACUUUAGUUACCAAGCAGGAAAAUAUUAGUUGCAGCCUUUAGAAAAGGAGAACCCAAUGUUCCAGUGAUCAAGUCUACGUUAGGUGUAAACCUAUAUGGCAUACACUAUUUUUUUGGCAUCAAUGGAUUUAACACAUCUUGAGAGAAUUCCCAGCCUUUAGAACUGGAGUUCUAUUUGGACAGUUAAUAUAAUGGCUCACUUCCAAAAGCAAUUUGAAGAAGGUGUUGGUGGGGAUGAGAAGGGGAUGCAGAGAGAAUGGGAGGUUAAGGAUAUCUUACAAAUACCUGCUAUUAUAGAAAAUAAUUCCAAAUUUCCCAGGGAAGAUUGCAACAUUUCCAACAAAUAAUAUUUCUAUUUCAUUGACUACAAAGCCUUUUGAGACACUGUGGUUGUGAAAAGUGUUUAUCAGUACUCUUAUUCUUUGGUUACUUUAAAAUAAAGACGGAAGACAUGCAGCUCACAAUUCCUUGUCUCUGUAUUUCAGUCUAUGGAAGUGGGUCUCUAUUGUAUACAGUGAAUAGGCUGUGAUAUGAACAGGAGGUACACAAUGCAAAAGCUGAAUUGCAUCAAUCAGUGUUCUAUUCUAUCCAUGUAUUUUAUCAGCUGACUAGUUGGAAUACAGAUGUUUAAGUGUCAUGAUCUGAGUUUUCAUCUUUAGGGUAUCAUUUAACUGGUCAGUGUGACACAGCUAAGCUGUGCCUUUGCCUACCUUAUGUUAAUAAUUAUGUCUGGAGAGCAUGGAUCAGUACCCUUUUCCCUCCUUCCUCCUAUCCCUCCAAAAUAUUAUACAAGCUGAGAUCAACAAACACAGGCUAAAGGCCAAUCUCACUGGGUAGUAGACGGCCAUAUUAUCAAGAAGCUGUGAGAGGUACUCAAACCAAGACAUUUCUUGUGUAAUGAAGAACAUAACUACAGAAGAAUGUUGCAUUCUAAAGGUGUAGUAUUUGAAGGAUAUGUUAAUUUUGAAGCAAAUAUGUUACAGAAAAAUGGAUGUCUAACAAUAAAGGGAAUUCUAAUUCAGAGUCUAAACAUCUAAGUAUCAGGUGUACAAGAAGCAGAAGGUUUGUAUCCAGGAGCAAUGGAGUCAGUGCAAGUACUUUCCCCUGACGCAAAGCGAGAUGUGCAGCUACUGGAAUCACAUGGGAACUUGAUGCAAGAUAUUUUCAAAAUCCCGGAUGCUCUAUGCCUUGUCAAAAUGAACACAUUUUCUGAACUAGCCCUUGACAUCCUAAAUUACUUCCACGAAGUGUAAGAUGAUGGUACAUCAAACUACGACAGGAACUGCACAAUAAAGGUCUCUGUGAAGUGUUGUGGAGCAGAGAGACGUGGGUGUACAGUGGCAACACGGAUAGGCAGGGUGAAGGUGUUUGGUGUGUCAUUGACAAAGGUACUGAGUGCAGGAAAUGAGAUAUGCCACAACUGUACAAGACAUCAGUGAGAUCAGAUUUGGAGUAAACCUAGAAAAUAGGUGCAAGAGUAGGCCAUUCGGCCCUUCGAGUUAGCACCGCAAUUCAAAAUCAGUGAUCAACCAAAAUCAGUACCCCGUUCCGGCUUUAUCCCCACAUCCCUUGAUUCCCUUAGCCCUAAGCUAAAUCUAACUCGAACUCUCUUGUACUGUGUGCAAUCCUGGUUGCCCUACUUAUACGAAGGAUGUCACAUGCUGGAAAGGGAGCAGUAAAGAUUCACCAGGAUGUUACCAGAACUCAGGGGAUUGAGCUACAAAAUGAGCUAAAAUAAGCUUUUUUUUUCCGAGUGCAGGAAGUGGAGAGGGUGGCCUCAGUGGUAUUGGUUUAAUAUUGUCACAUGUAUCAAAGUACAAUGACAAGCUCUUGUUUGCGUGCUAUCCAAUUAAGUCUGAUUAUACAUGAGUACAUUCAAGCCAUACAUACACGUGUACCGGCAUCAGUUUGUCCACAAAGAAAGCACUGGUUGAGGGUAUAUACUUACAAUAAUCCAGUGAUUUUUUAAAAAAAGUUAGGGUCAUGAAUUAUAAUCCCUUUCAGCUAUUGAAACAUUUAAAUCCGGUUCGUUCAUGGUAUCCAGUCCUGAUUUUCUCCAAUACCAACUGAGGUUGAAUUCCUCACAUUCCCCUGGGAGACUCAACUUGUAGCCCAAAUUGCAGUGAACUAUUUUAGAGACCGGGACAUUGCUAAUCUAAGACCACCACGAGUAGCCGUCUCGAUCAGAGGAAAUAACACACUCCCCUUCCCCCAACAGCCUCCUGCAGGUCAUCGUGAUGUCUCAGAGGGAAAAUCUGAAGACUGAUGAAAAUUUGGCUCUGAUGAAAGAUCUGGAGGAUCGGCUAAGGAACCAGAUCGACAAAUUGGAACACUUGCGACUUUCCAUCGCUGAGGCUGUAUCACCCAGCAGCGAGAUUGGGUUUGAUUUUAUCCAAGAGUCCAAUGAUGACCUAAAGCUGCUGAUCAUGGACCAUGGGGACUGGCUGGCAAGAAUGAACGAACGAAUGGAGACACUUCAGAUGAACACUGCAGUCUUUGUACAGAUGAACACAAAACCACGGAUUUGGAAUAAUAAGCAAUCCACCAAACGCUACAGCCGCUGGCCAAAGUUGACAAACACAGAUGACACCCGUUCAGAAAUGGGAUGGUCCCCAACAAGAACCCGCCGUAAUAGUGAUGCUGCAUCUGAGAUGUCGUGUGCUUGGUAAUAGCCCCAAAUCCUCAACUCACAUAUCCCCUUCUGUCUGCGAUCUGGAAGGGGCAUGGAUGAGGAAUUCAAGGCACCCAACACGUUCCUGCUCAUGCACUGACCGUUCCUCAUUUUCCAGAUUUAUUGUUCCAAAGGGUCUUUGUUUUGCACCAGGUUCAAUAGCGCAAGUAUCAAACUACAUUCCCAUUUUGUUUACGUUACAAUAAAAGUCAAUCAAGUUUCAUUCCCUGUCAGAUCACAGGUUCAAGCCUUAGCUUUGAGGUCCGAACCCUGAAUGGACUAACAUUCUUAGUCCCAUUAAGAAGAACUGUAGUGCGAUUGGAGGCACAGGUUUUCAGAGACAUUGAACCUGACUUCUCAGGUAGCUUCUUCUUCUUAUCGAGUCCACACACAAGAUUAAAAGUUGUUCAGCCAGAGCUGAACACACUUCUCGGCAUCUGCAUACAAUGGUGUCUGUCUUGCGCUUCUUGUGCUUGGUGGUGGAAAGAUUGGUGGAAACAGGGCUGUGCCGUGAACGCUCUUUCCUUGACCUCCUCAGGUAGCUAAAGAACUGGGGAAUUCUCUCUGGUGCUCGCCAAUAUUCAUCCCUCACUCAGUUGUAUUUAAAAAAAGAUAUACGGUCAUUAUCACAUUGCUCUUUAUGAUACUUGGUUAUUGAAAGACUAUUCCUUACUCAUCACCCAGGAAAUUGGUUAGAGGAACAAAGUGGUGGUGGCAAUGAUUGUAUUUAAUUUUUUUAAUGUAAAAAGGAUUAGCAAUGACAAGGCCUUUUUGAUAGCCUCUGGUGAACCACAAUGGUUUAUAGCCAAAGAACUACAUUUAAUGUACUUUUGUGAGAAUUAUGGCAUCCAAUUUUGAAGUAGCAAGCUAUCCCCCAAAGUACAAUGCAAUGAUCAAAUAGUGUCUAUUGGAUUUGAGGGAUAAAUAUUAGCGAGGACAGGGGGAAUAGCCAUUCUCCUUCCUGUUCAAAAUAAUGCCCUGGACUCUAACAUUUGCUUGGCAGUGUGGAUGGGGCCUGUGUUUAA